GGCUGCGAGCUAUGGGGUUGUGAUACUAGAUAUACACGCCGCUAUCCUACAGGGCACUAGGUGAUUUCGGUUUGCUCCUGAUAAUAUCCAAGGCUCGAACUCCAACAUUCCCAGAGAACAAGUCCUGUCAACCAGACGGAAAGGCCACCACCAACCCCCAACAACCAUCCCAGCGCCCACAAAAGAAAUAUAAAAGCUCUGCGCUCCACCUCGCCUCCUCUUCUCCUCCCACACCACCACAGAUUCACCAAACCUCUCCACAAUCCCGCUCCAACCAUCUCCAACAUGCGCCUCUCAACCGCCCCCAUCAUGGCCUUGAUCGCCGUCGCCUACUCCGUACCAACCGACACCGGCGGCGACCUCAUUCCCCGCGAAGCAGCCAUGCACAUCGAAAACGGCGGCACCAUCGCACCGCGCACCUGCUGCAACUUCAACAACUGCAGGGCAAGUAUCCUCGAGAACGUGUUGUUUCUUCAGCGUCUGACUUUAACCACAGAAUUUCAACUGGGGCAGAGGAAGUUGCCCGAAGCGCUGGGCUCAAUUCUGCGGCGGCGGAGGGGGCAAUAUUCAUUGCUGCGUAAGUAUAUAUACCGGUCUCUCCUAGGAAGGCUCAUGGAGAGAGGAGCGCAGGGCUGAGGUGCGGCGGGCUGACGAGCGGAUAGGCGCGAGAAAACGACGGCUGCGGUGCUUAGGCUGGGAGGCUGAAGGCCUUUGGAGUAUUUACACAGUGAUACUGGAGACGGCCACGGAGCGUUGGGACGGAGUCAGGUUGGGUGCGUUUGGG